GCCAUAACGGAUAAUGGCACGAGGAGCUUCCCAGCUUCCUGUUUCCAGAGUGACGUUGGUUUUUCUUUGCCUAGACCCCAUAGUUACCCUGGGCAACAGCUGAAACGUCGGGAAAAGGAUGCAUAUUUCCUUCUGUAGGCUUGACUCAAGAACGCUGUCUUGUUAGUACCAGGUUGGAUGACUAAACCUUCAGGGAAAAGAUCAGAACUUUCAGACAUAUCCAUGCUGCAGCCAAAAUGAACUACUAUGGUAUCUUCUGAGGUUAAUCACCGAAGUCUGUCAGGUUACCAACAUUUUGUGAUUUUUGUCUCCUUGAUUCUAUUAUGAUUGGAGCAGUGUUUCCAGAUUUUUUUUAGUAGAAAAACUUAACUGAACCUAACAAUUCAACUAUGGCAGAAGUGAAGCCUAUGUUCCGGGAAGUUCUUCCAAAACAAGGGCAGGUGUCUGUGGAAGAUGUGACCACAAUGGUGCUGUGUAAACCCAAACUUUUACCCUUAAAAUCUCUUACUCUGGAAAAACUGGAGAAAAUGCAGCAAGCAGCACAAGAUACAGUUCGCCAACAAGAAAUGACCGAAAAAGAACAACAGCCGAAAACCCAGUGACUUACAACGUUCUACACUUAAGGGAGCAUCUACCUUAUCCAUUUAACAAUAACUAGAAAAUAAUUUGUAUGCUGAAAGUAGUAUUUGUUAAUAAAACUGAUAAUAUUCAUAUAAAUGAUACAAAAAUACCCAAGAUUGAUGAAACUUGUAUUGCUUGCUCAGUUUACGUUAAAUAUUCUGGUUUGUAUCAUAAGAAUAAGCAGUUAAAACUGAACCAAAUGUUAGGGAUUUUUUAACUCAAGUCACAUUUUUAGUACUGCAAAUCAUCAUUCACUAUAUUGCUAUUGCUAACAAUUUUACAGAUAACAUUCUUGGGUGUAAGUGACUAAAUGCAACUUUUGUACAGAGGAUCUUUACAUGUUUAUUAAAAGCUGGAUUUGAAGAUGUAUUUUAAUUUUGCACAAAGUGUUU